AUGGUUGACCUUUCGUCUUCUGAAGGACCGACUCUAGUAUCCCCAAUACGCCGCUUACACGGUCCUCGAUGCCACCGGCAGUACAGGCCGAGAGCUCCUCGAGCAGCUAUCCACCUCUUCACAAAACCACAUCAAGCCCUUCGUCUGCUCGCGAUCAAAGCUCCAGACUCUCCUCCCUUCGUCUCCACAGCCGAAAUCGUGACCUUCUCGAAGGUUCCCCUCAACGACAUGCACCUUCUCGCCAAAUGCCUCAUGCAUGACACACAGCCCGUCAAUGCCAUCUUUGCAGUCGUCGGCGCGAACACCAACAUCCCACAUUCUCGCCUCGCAGAAGAAACCGCCCACGCAGUCGUCGCCGCCAUUUGCAAUCUCCGCGUACCUGCAGACAACGCGUCCACGAGUGUCCCUUUCCCGGACGACAGAUUCGUAUACCAGCCAAGAAUGUGCUGGAGGACCCUGAUCGAGUUGAAUCGUAGUGGGCUCAAAUUGAUUAGGGGGGAUUUUCCGAGCCCUGAGAUUCGCUGA